AUUAAGGGGAUGAUUGGCUUGAGAGAUGGAUGGACUGCAAUCUUUUACUGGUCUGCUACUUGAGAAAUGAAGAUCAAAUGGAUGACUCUUUUUCUUUUACUGGCAACUCUUUAUGCUACUUGCUUUUUAACUUUGGUUUCAUCAGACUUUUUGGUUAAUCUUUAGACUUAAGACUUUGGUCAACUUGUUUAUGUACAGGUGCAGGGUAUAGGUGAAAACCGAACCGUAACCGAAUAGUAUUGAUGCGGUUAAAAACCGAACCGAAUACUAAACAGUUCGGCUGCAGUUUUAAUUGUGAUAACCGCACCGAACACAGUUAGGUGAACGGUUUUAGCUAUAACCGCACCGAACCGUGUGCAGGCCUACCUUUGCCUUUCUUUAAUAAAGACGGUAAUUAGUAACGAAAUCCCUUGAUUAAUAAAGACGGUAAGAUUAAAAGUAGUAUUGUGUUUUACAUUUUCUCCUUAGACUUUCGGUUUCCCUUUCGGUUUCACGUAUCGUCGUCCGUAUUCCAUCCAUCCCAGAAAACAAAAAAGAUUUUACACAAUAAUAUUUUUGUAGAAUAAAAUUUAGAGAGAGAAGGAGCCACACAACGAGUUUGUAUUUUGUAUUUAAAAACAAACACGAAGACUCAAAUCUUUCAUUGGGUUAUCGUUCUUCUUUCUUACAAUCAAACAUUAUUCUGUUGCUUGUUGUUUGGGUUCAUCGUUAAAUCCUAAGAAAGAAAUUUGAUCUUUGUAUUUGGAAUUGGUUUUAUGUUCAAAAACAACAAUCUCUUUAAUCUGCUCUCUUUGUUUAUCUUCUUUGUUCUGUUUCUCUCUUUAUCCAAUCUUCAACACCAACAGCAACAACUAAUUGAAGAACCAGAACCAGAACAUUACCCACUUCUUAAACGAUACAGUGAAAUGCAGGUGGUGGAUUCAAAUUUUGUAAAGAUAAAUACAAGUGGAGGAAUUGACAACAAUACCAAUAAUAACAAUAGUAGUAAAGUUAAAGGAAGAAUAUCAAGGAUUGGAACUUAUGCAUCAAUGGCCGACCCUUGUAUUUCCUGUACUACAUUCAAUAUUCUAGCACCUAUCUACAAAAGACUUGAUAAAGAGAAUCAAAGCCGCCGAGAAAGCGAAUACAGAGCAUACUGGUUUAGCAGAAACCGAAGUAUAUUGGAUCUUUUGUUGUGUGAUAGAUCGUCAAUCAUAUGUCUUCAGGAAUUUUGGGUUGGAAAUGAAGAGCUUGUUGAAAUGUAUGAGAAAAGACUUGGUAAUGCAGGCUAUACUAGUUUCAAGCUAGCACGCACAAACAACCGAGGAGAUGGUUUGCUCACCGCUGUUCAUAAGGAUUACUUUACAAUUUUAGACUAUAGAGAAUUGCUUUUCAAUGAUUUCGGAGAUCGUGUUGCGCAACUGUUACACGUUGAAUCAGUUGUGCCCUUCUCACCCUGUCGGCAUAAAAAUGUUUUGCAAGAAAUUCUCAUCGUGAAUACCCAUCUGUUAUUUCCUCAUGAUUCUAGUCUUUCCAUCGUACGGUUACAUCAGGUUUACAAAAUCCUUAAGUAUGUAGAAUCCUACCAGAAAGAAAACAAGCUUAAUCCUAUGCCAAUGCUACUCUGUGGUGACUGGAACGGGAGCAAGCGGGGACACGUCUAUAAGUUCCUUAGAUCCCAGAGUUUUGUGUCGUCAUAUGAUGCUGCUCAUCAGUAUACGGACAGCGAUGCGGAUGCCCACAAGUGGGUUAGUCACCGAAAUCAUCGAGGGAAUAUCUGCGGUGUAGAUUUCAUAUGGCUUCUUAAUCCUACUAAGUAUCGGAAACCACUAAAAACAAGUUGGGGUGAAGCUGUAUUUAGUAUAAUUAAGUACCAACUACGUGAAGCUUCCUUGAACGAAAGUGAUGCAUUUGCGUUCUUGAAAGCUGAUAGUCCUGGUGAUUACAUUACCUACUCUGCUUUCUGUGAAGCACUGCGUCAGCUUGGUUUAACUGGUGACCCUCAUACACUGAGUUCUGAAGAGAUCGAGGAUGUGUGGAUUCAAGCGGACGUAGAUGGAAAUGGUGUUGUUGACUACGGUGAAUUUCAGCAGCGAAUUUGGGAUCCAGUAUGUUGUUUUGACCAAAUAGAGGAAAAGAUCGAAGAGAGCACAGGAGAAGGCGUAGAGGAGGAACAAAUGUAUGGUUUUAACGUGAAGAAUGCAGUUCUCUUCCCCCGUGAAGUAGAGAAAGGUCUGUGGCCAGAAAACUACUCUCUUUCAGACCACGCACGACUAACUGUAGUUUUCUCACCGGUAAGCAUGCUCACAUCGCAACCAAUCUGCUAGUAAUUAUUAAGACCAGGGUGGUAAAAAUCCUCACGGCUUCUGUAAACAAUACGAAUUGAUCCAACCAAGAAAUUAAGAUUUUUUCUUAAUGGUUGAGAGAUAAUUGUAUACUUUUUGUUGAAAUCAUGUAGUGGGUAUUGCAAAUCCCAGUAUUAGGCUGUACCAUGAAGUAAAGCUAUCUUGUAACUGUGGGUUCCGGUCUGCCUUAACCGAUUUUACGUGUUAAAGUUUAAAUGAGAAGAGAAAAAGAAAGAACAAAAAAGAGAGAGUUUGAGGUAGUUCCUGGCUAGUGUGAGGCCUAUCUCUAAAAAAAAAAAAAAAAAAU